CAUCCAGCAGAAGUGGGUGAGUCCCAGAGCCGCACCCCACACACUAACCACCAUGGCGUGGUUGGGGCUGCUGGGCGCACUGCUGUGCAUGCUGUGCGUCGGGGUGGGCAGCCUUGGCACAGAGGGCUUCCUGCCCUCCGCGCCCCAUAACUGCCCCCACAAAUGUGUGUGCGCCGCCGACCUGCUGAGCUGCGCGGGCCUGGGGCUACAGGACGUGCCAGCUGCGUUGCCUGCCGCUGCUGCAGACCUCGACCUGAGCCACAACGCACUCCAGCGCCUGCGCCCCGGCUGGCUGGCGCCCCUCUCCCGGCUGCGCGCCCUGCACCUAGCCCACAACGAACUGGAAGUGCUAGGUCGCGGAGUCUUCACCAACGCCAGCGGCCUGCGGCUGCUUGAUUUAUCGUCUAACGCGCUGAGGGCGCUUGGCCGCCACGACCUCGACGGGCUGGGGGCGCUCGAGAGGCUGCUGCUGUACAAUAACCGCCUAGCACACUUGGACGAGCACGCCUUCCAUGGCCUGGGCUCACUCAGCCGUCUCUACUUGGGCUGCAACGAACUCUCCUCCUUCUCCUUUGACCACCUGCACGGUCUGGGCACGACCCACCUACGUACUCUGGAUCUCUCUUCCAACCGUCUGGGACGCAUCGCGGUACCUGACCUGGCUGCACUACCAGCUUUUCUUAAGAACGGCCUUUACUUGCACAACAACCCAUUGCCCUGUGACUGCCAUCUCUACCACCUGCUGCAGCGCUGGCACCAGCGGGGCCUAAGCGCUGUGAGUGACUUUGCCCGAGAGUACAUGUGCCUGGCCUUCAAGGUACCCACAUCCCGCGUGCGCUUUUUUGAGCACAGCCGUGUUUUUGAGAAUUGCUCAGCUGCCCUGGCUCAGGGCCUAGAGCGGCCCGAAGUGCAGCUGCACGUGCAGAUGGGUCGGUCCCUGAGGCUACACUGCAACACCAGUGCCCCAGCUGUGCGCAUCGCCUGGGUGUCACCGCAGCAUGAGCUGCUGGUGGCGCCGGGAUCCCGAGAUGGCAGCAUCGCAGUGCUGGCUGAUGGCAGCCUGGCCAUCAGCAACGUGCAGCCGCAGCACGAGGGGGUCUUUGUGUGCCUGGCAGCCGGGCCCCACCUGCAUCACAACCAGACGCACGAGUACAAUGUGAGCGUGCAUUUCCCACACCCUGAGCCCGAGGCUUUCAACACAGGCUUCACUACCCUGCUGGGCUGCGCUGUGGGCCUGGUGCUCGUGCUGCUCUACCUUUUCGCGCCACCCUGCCCGGGCUGCCGCCGCUGCUACCGUCGUACCUGCCACUGUCGCUGCUGGCCCAGGGUGCCCAGCCCCCUCCAGGAGUUGAGCGCACAGUCCUCGGUGCUCAGCACACCACCGGAUGUGCCCAGCCGCAAGGCCAGUGUCCACAAGCAUGUGGUCUUUCUGGAGCCGGGCAGGAGGGGCCUCAAUGGACGUGUGCAGCUGGCGGUAGCUGAGGACUUUGAUCUCUACAAUCCUGUGGGCCUGCGGCUCAAGGCUGGUUCUGAGUCCGCUAGCUCCACGGGCUCUGAGGGUCUGGUGAUGACCUAGGGUGCCCGGGGCCCAGAGCCAGGCCACUGACCACCUGCUGCUUGCCCUGCUCCCUGCUGCUGCCCUGACAACUUCCAGAUGCUGGUGGGAGCGCUGAGCUCCCCACCCUCUCUCCUGCUCUGCUCUAACACAGGGCCCAAAGGUCCUAGGCCCUAGUAGGACCUACUGGUGCCUACACGUCCCACGAGGACUGGAACUGGGGCCAUCCGAAAGAGCCCUUGCCUGCGAGUCCCAGGUACACCCUCAGGGGCCAAGGCAGCUACCAAGCUGUGAUGAAGGAAGUACUGAAGCAUAAACAUCUUCCCCUUCCCAAGGGGACAGGAAGAGUGGGCUCACAGGGGAAGAGGAGGGCUCCAGAGGAAGACCUAGGCCCCCACCCAGGGUGGAAGGAGGAAACAUGCACCAACAUCCAACCUACUUCAAGCUCCACAACUCCAUGCAGUCUGCUGGGCAGGAAGGAAGCAGGCAGGGCUCCUUAAGAGAACCCCAGGCGGCCUGGCCUGUGUAUCAGCCAGAGCAGUCCUGCUCCCUCUGGCCAGGGGCAGCCUCGGGCCACUCUGAGAGCAGGGCCUUUACCGUGGGCUCACAAGACAGCAGUAAGGAGCAACGUGACCUGUGCCCCCAGCUUUUUAGCAGUAAAAAGCCUGAGCAUGGCCAAGAUGGGAGAGCCGAGCCAGAACUUGCCAUCCCUUGAGGGUAGAAGCCUCUUAAGGGCUGGCACUGAUCUUGGUCUAAUGGCUGAGGCAGUGCCCUGGUCUCAUAUGCUCUUACCACCCACCACAGGGAGGCAGGGAAGGGGGUGGCGUCUGGGAACCCCUCCUGCGUGGGUGCCGAGCUGGGGGCUCCUACAAGUCCUGGAUCCAGUUGUUCCUUAAUAAAGGUGGCACAUGCUCAUUAC